AUGACAAUCGCAUCCCCUACUGCCCUCCACCCGGUUCUAGCUGACGCGGAACCCGCGGAUGAUAAAGCCGUCCACCGGCCUCGAACCCUUUCCGUCAACACUUCCAAGGCCACUCGCGGCGCCGAUGACUCCCUUACUCCCCCGACUGCAACGCCAGCCCUAGGUGGAAGCUGCCCUGAGUCGUCCUCGGCUUCAACCUUGUCUGGACCUGCGCCCCCACCAAUUGCCGUCGCCCACGCUCCCCAUCACGGCCACCGCCGCAGUGCUCCCUCGCACGACUCCAUCCCGCGCCGGACCAUCAUCAAGGCCCUUGCCUCGGUCGCCCGCAAGAAAAAGCCUGAGGCCCUCCCUCUUGACAGCAUGUUCAUGUCCCAAAAUGGCGUUCGCACCGGUCCGUCCGGAUCCGCCGCCUCCCCGAUGCGCCUGGCCGAUGCCUUGCACGACUUGGCCAAGAGGCAAUCCACGCCCUCGACCGCCUUGACCGUUCUGCAGUCGCCCUGCUUCUACCAUCAGCGCUUCGACGACGCCGUCGACAUUCAAAAGGUCCUUGAGGAGAUCAAAAACGACGAGUCCAUGUCCCACUCGCGCCUCGUCCAGACCGCAACCGGCGUUCGCGAGGUCUCCAAGCAGCUGCAACGCCGGCCCAUCAAACGCGCAGUCCGAAACGUCAUGAUUGUCACCAAGGCCCGCGACAACCAGCUCGUCCACCUCACCCGCGAACUGGCCGCCUGGCUCCUGCGCACCCCUCGGUACGGAUCCGACGUCGGCGUCAAUGUCUUCGUCGACGCCAAGCUUCGCAGUUCCAAGCGCUUCGACGCCCCGGGCAUCCUCGCACAAGAUGUGCGCUAUGAGAACAUGCUCAAGUACUGGACGCCCGACCUCUGUUGGAGCCAGCCCGAGAGGUUCGACUUGGUCCUGACGCUGGGAGGUGACGGCACGGUGCUCUUCACGUCCUGGCUCUUCCAACGCGUCGUCCCGCCGCUUCUGUCCUUCAGCCUCGGCAGCCUGGGAUUCAUGACGACUUUCGAGUUUGACAAGUACAAAGAGCAUCUGAACCGGGUCAUGGGCGACGAAGGCAUGAAGAUCAACCUGCGCAUGCGCUUCACUUGUACAGUGUGGCGGCACGAUUCCCGCGGCCAGCAGAUGGGCGAGGGCGAGCAGUUCGAGGUACUCAACGAGCUCGUCAUUGACCGUGGGCCAUCCCCCUACGUCUCCAACUUGGAGCUGUACGGGGACGACGAACUCCUCACCGUCGUCCAAGCCGACGGCUGCAUCUUCUCCACGCCGACGGGCUCAACGGCCUACUCCCUCUCUGCCGGCGGCUCGCUCGUUCACCCAGACAUUCCCGCCAUCCUCUUGACGCCCAUCUGCCCGCACACCCUGUCCUUCCGCCCCAUGGUCCUCUCGGAUACCAUGGCGCUUCGCGUCGCCGUGCCGCGCAACUCGCGGGCCACGGCGUACUGCGCCUUUGACGGUAAAGGCCGAAUCGAGCUGCGCCAAGGCGACCACGUAACCAUCACCGCGUCCCAGUACCCCUUCCCCACCGUGACCCGCACAGACACGGAGUGGUUCGACAGCAUCAGCCGCACCCUCCGCUGGAACGUCCGCGCGGCGGCGCAGAAGCCGUUUGACACCAAGUGCAUUACCGACGGGGCGCCGUCGCAGGACGAGGACGACAACUGCUGGGACAUUGACCAGGACAGCGCCUACUACCCCAGCGAGGAGGGUAGCGUGAGCGCAAGUCCCGUCCGACGGCAGAUGAGCAUGCUGGGCUUAUGA